AUGUUCGCCCACUGGAUGCAGUUCGUCGCUUCUGAUAUGGUCAAUGUAGUAGAGACGCAAGCACUUAUUGAUGGAAAUGUUCGAUCUUUCCCAUGUUGUCGUAACAGUUUCACACAUCCCGAAUGUGAUGCGAUUGAUGUGCCAAAAGCAGAUCCUGCCUUUAGGAAUCGAAUCACAUGUCUUCCUCAUACUCGCUCUAUUGUUGCGCCCAAAGCUGGUUGUGCUCUUGGACCAAGAGAGCAAGCCAAUUUGGUUUCAUCCUAUCUGGAUGGCAGCGUGAUUUAUGGAUCUAGUGCUGAACGUGCUAAGAAACUGAGAACUUUGAAUCAUGGUACGCUGCGCACACAAGGUAGUGUCGGAGAUCUACCACAAGUCGACAAUAAAUUGAAAUGUCAAUCAGAAGGGCGAUGCUUAUUUUCUGGAUCUGAUGACGCUAACAUUCUUCCUGGAGUUGGUGCUCUACACACAAUCUUCGUCAAGCAACACAACAGAGUUGCACAGCUUCUGCGAGAAAUAAAUCGCCACUGGUCAGACGCGAAACUUUUUGAUGAAACUCGCCGGAUAGUUGUUGCUCAAUUACAACACAUCACUUUCAAUGAAUUUUUGCCGAUCAUGUUAGGCAAGGAAAAUAUCAGAAAGUACGGUCUGAACCUACACCAAUCGGGCUUCGAUUCCGACUACGAUAUGGCCAUAGAUGGUGCUGUACUAAACGAAUUUGCCGUUACAUUCCCUUAUGUUUUGUGGAGCUUGAUGCCACAGGACAAGCUUUUUAAUGCAUUUAACAACCCAAGCAAACUAUAUGAGUCUCGUGGAGUUGAGACCGUCUUGAAGCAGCUCAUGGCGAUCACCAUUGCGAAACCUUCCUUGAGAGUGAAUGACGAAGUUAAGAAUGAAUUCCUCAAGGAUUCGUAUGGAAUUGGUCUCGAUCUAAUAUCCAUAGCUUUGAAGCAGGGUCGUGACCAUGGAAUUCCGUCCUAUACUGUUGUUCGAGCACAAUGUGGCUUGGGAAAGGUACUAAAGCCAUUGAAGGCACCGCUCACCCAGGGGUGAUG